AUGUCUGAGGGAGCCUACCAGCGCCUCUGGGAGUCCUCCCACGUGACACUGCAGGAGCUGCUGGACAAGGAGCAGCCCCUGGUCGACCCGGUGCCCGACAGGGAGCGCCAGUCCUUCCAGCGGCGGCUCUCGUUGCUCUACGUCUCCUACCUGGGGCUGCUGCGCCGCCUGGACACCAUCUACGACCAGAUGGUUCAGCCGCAGAAGCGGCGGCUGCUGCGGCGCCUGCUGGACGGCGUGGCGGGCCGCGUGCUGGAGCUGCAGGAGGAACUGGUGCGCGCCGAACUCAGCGAGUGCUGCUGCCUGGAUCACGUGCUGCAGGAGCUCAAGCUCACGCCGGCAGAAUUAGAGGUUCCAAUUCCCAAAUACUUCCUGUUGGAGCAGGCCAACAUUCUGAAGGACCGGGGGUUGAUGUUGGCAGAGAUCCUGUCCAGAAUGGAGCCAGUGUCCUCUGAGGAGAGCUUUCCAGGAAUGCACCGGACUGAGGCCAUAAUCCUGCUACAAAGAGCUGAGCGGGCCCGGCAAGGCCGGCUCCGUGCCAAGUUCAUGAGGGAAAUUCGGAAAGAAGAAGAGCUGGAUCGAAAGAGCCGGGAGGAUGGGAGGUGCAAGUUCACUCAGGACCAGGCAUCGGUCAUCAUACAGAAGGUGUGGAAAGGCUACCUGCAGAGGAAGCGCACCCAGCAGGACCGGCAGGUGGAGAUGGAGUUCAUCGGCAUGCUCCCCUCACCCAACAAGACAGAGCAAGUGGGCAUCCUGUCCCAGGCCUGCCUCAGGGAGGAUGUCCGGAGGCUGCGCCAGAUGGAGAAAGAAGAGGAGUUCCAGUUGGCCAUGACGCAAACUCAUGAUUCUCUCAUAGAGAUCGAGGGGCCCGACAUGAAGGAAAAGAUGAAGGAGCAAAUUCGACAGUGGUUUAUUGAGUGCCAUGCCCUUAUUGGCCGGUUUCCUGAUUAUCCAGAUGAGUCUGCAGGUGGAUCCUACCUGAUCUUUGCAGACAAGACUCCAGAACAGGUGAGAAUGGAGCUGGAGCUGCAGGUCCAGGAGAACAAAAAGAAGGAGCAAGAGAAAAAUAAGAACAAGGAUGAGGAGAAAAAAGAGAAGAAGAAGAAGGGGAAGGAAGAAAAGGCCAAGAAGGGGGAAAUGGAUAGUAUGCUGAAAGUAUUGCCGUCCAAAUUUAUACCUGUGAUCAAUGCUGGGCAUGAGGAGUACAUGAAGCUAUGGAAGAACCGUCAUGAAAGCACACACCCCAGUCAGAGUUUUGACCCUGAGACCCUCCGGGAGGAAAAGAGGAAGGAAGUGGAGGUGGAGAUCCGCAUGCAGGUGGACGAGCUGAUGAGGCAAGAGCUGAAGAACCUGCGCCUGGCCGUGGACAGGGAGGAAGGGAGACCCUUGAAAGCUCCGAAGAAGAAGCCUGGGAAGAAAGCUGGAAAGAAGAAGAAGGAAAAAGAUCUGACCCCAAACAGGUCCCUGGAGUCUCUGUUCGAAGAGCUUGUCAUUCACGGCCUUGUGAAGAAGACUGAGACAGUGGCACUGAAGGACUACAUUGGUGACUGCCUGUAUCUUGGAUCCACUCUGAAUGUGGCAAACAAGUUGCCCAUGCCCUCCCUCUUUGACAUUCGUCAGAACAUGGCCUUGUACGGGGUCCUCCGGCUCGGCUCCCCAGAUAUACAUGCCAUGGCCCCCCUCAUCCGCUCCAUCCUCCUAGUGGGCCCCCCAGGCAUAGGGAAGAAGAUGCUGGUUAUGGCUGUGUGCACAGAAACCGGGGCCAACCUGUUUGACCUGUCCCCCAGCAACCUGCAGGGCAAAUACCCUGGCAGGGCCGGCAUACAGAUGGUCGUGCACAUGGUGUUCAAGGUGGCUCGGCUCCUGCAACCCUCUGUGAUCUGGAUCGGGGGAGCUGAGAAGACUUUCUAUAAGAAGGUCCCAAAAGAGGAGAAGGAGAUGGACCCAAAGCGAAUAAAGAAGGACCUCACCAAGGCCCUGCGCCUGCUGAACCCCGGAGACCGUGUGAUGCUGAUUGGAACCACAGCCCGGCCACAGCUAGCCGAGAUGAAGGGGCUGUGCCGGACCUAUGAGCGCAUCCUCCUCGUGCCCCGCCCUGACUACGCCUCCCGCUAUGUGCUCUGGAAGCAUAUGAUAGAGACCCAGGGAGUCCAGGUGACCCAGAGCCUGGACAUCAGUGCCCUGGCCAAGGUGUCCGAUGGCUACACACCCGGCCACAUCCUCCAGGCCGCCCAAUCAGUGCUGACCGAGCGGCGGCUCCUGCAACUGUCCAAUCGGCCCCUAGUGGCCUCUGAGUUCCUGGGGCACCUGGCCAAGCUGGAGCCAGUGUACAAAGAGGAGGAGGAAUCCCUGAAGGAUUGGUACUUCAAGACUCCACUGGGCAAGAAGAGAAUGAAGCUUAACAAGGAGCAGAUGGAGGCCGAGGAGGCCAGGAUGACAAAGGAGAAAAAGAAAAAGAAGUGA